AUGUCGCGCAUUGUGCGACACCCUCUCCUUUGUACCUUGCGAGGCCAACCAAACCGCGCGUCAUCUCAACCCUUUGUUUCCACAUCAGCUCCCCUCUCUUCUCUGCAGCCUCUCGUAAUCAGAGCGAUAUCAACCACAAAUCCAACAUACACAGGGACAGGGACGAAGAUCGAUCCCCAUGCAUACACGAGCGGUCGGUGGCUGCGACGCGAUAGACAGGAGAUUGCGUCGCGCUACAUCCCAUUCGACUUCGAUGCACUUUGUCAGAAAGUGGUUGGGCUUUGUCCUGGAGCAGGUGCUAUUAGCGCAUGUCGAAAACUCGAAGGAGGGUUCAACCGGGUCUUCAUCUUCACCUUGGACAAUGGCAAAAAGAUCGUGGCUAGGCUCCCGUUCCGACUGGCUGGUCCUGCGAGGUUGACUACCCUUUCGGAGGUUGCUACAAUUCGCUACUUACAAGAAAAGACAAGAAUCCCUAUACCAGAGAUACUCGAUUGGAGUCAUGACUCUAACGAUAUAAACAACACUGUCGGCAGCGAAUACAUAAUUAUGGAGCAUGCCAAUGGUGUUCCACUGCAUGAUAAAUGGCCGACAAUGGCCGGUGACCAGCAAGUCAGAUGCAUCAACGCGAUAUACCAGACGAUGAAGGAAAUGGUCGAUCUAGAGUUUCCGGCUUUUGGGAGCAUAUACUUUGAUGAUGCUCUCGAUUAUGCUGUCAAACAGUCGCUGGGUGACGGUAUCUGUAUUGGACCUCACUGCGGUACUCGAUACCGGGAUUGUGAUCCCGCUGUAGGACGAUACUACCACUAUGCGAAGAAAAAUCCUGGGCCGUGGCAAAGUAUUGGCGAAUACUGCGACGGUCUCAUUGACUCCGGUCUGUCACGUAUCCCUGCGGUGGACCUCGAAGCCGAGAAAAGACCAAUAUAUCAUGGCUCGCCCCAAACACAUCUAGAUCUUCUUGAACAUGCCCGCCCCGUGCUAAAGCGCAUGCCCUUGGAUCCUCGAAUCCGUGAUUCCGCCGCGCCAUUACUGUUCCACCCAGAUUUGCACAAGCGAAAUAUAUUUGUAUCAGAAGACAACCCUUCCACCAUUACAAGUAUCAUCGAUUGGCAGGCAACUAGCAUUGAGCCCGCGUUCGGGUACGCAGACCAUAUACCGGACUUUGCUACGGGGAGUGAACUAUGCACCAAGACAUUUGAACUCUCUUCGCAGUUCUUGACGCCCAGACUGUCAAACCCAAGAUUAAUAGACGACAACCUCUUCCGACCAUUUCGAUACAGCCACAGAACGUGGAAGGACGGCGCUGUCGCCUUACGCCACGAGAUGAUUGAAACCGCUCGGCUCUGGACAGAGCUAGGGUUUGAAGGCCAAUGUCCUUACCCUCUACCCACGCGAGUGGAACUGGCGGACCACGAGAAGGAGUACAAACUGUUUGAGGCAGCCCAGCAGUUGCGUCUUGAUUUAUCCAACUUGCUCGAUACAGCGUCAGAUGGGUGGAUACCUGCAGACAGAUGGGAGGAGACUCAAUUAUCCCACAAGGAACUCUUCAACGGGAUGCUACAGGCGGUUCUGUCGAAUCCGAAUGUGGAUGAAGACGAGCCCGUCAAGGAUGAAAAGACAUUGAGAUCAAUCUGGCCAUUUGAUCUUGAUCAAUAG